AUGUCAAAUUUUUCUCUUUACUUUACGCGCGGCACGCCCAGGAGCACUGCUCCUGCGUUUACCUUGGACUUUUCCACGGAGCGCGAACUCGAAACUGUGGUUGAGCGGUUAUACCGGCAAUUUACCCAGGGUCGCUCCCAACCAUCACAGGAGCCGGAGCAGCCAAACUAUUUUGUCACUCAUGGGCAUACUACAUUUCAACAAGGUGAGGUCGAGUGGGUUCAACCGAGUGAAGCGAUAGGAAAGUCUUCCGCAACAGCCAACUGUUUUCCCAACGUUGAUCCUCUCGCCGACUCAUCAAAUAACCUCACUUUUCCCUCCUCUACUCCUACUCCUAUUUCUUCUCCCGUUCAAUACCCUCCUCUCAUGAACGACACGCCUUCUCCGGAAACCCCCCGCAGGUUAUCACCGCUGAAGUUUCUCAAGCCCCUCUUCGGAACAUUACUGCUGUCCCUCUCGCCAAACGUGCUGAAACUGCUGUUCCGAAACCCGUUCGACAAGAAAAUCUGCGAAGAAGUGUCACGCUCUCAAAUGCAAACAAGAGUCAGGCCGGGAGACCACAGCCAGCGACUCAGGAAUCAAACCGAGUGCCAAAGCAAGGAUUGA